CCCAGAUGUACUUCAUUCACUGCUUCUCAGCAAUGGAGUCUGGGAUCUUCGUGGCCUUGGCUCUGGAUCGCUAUGUGGCCAUCUGCCAUCCACUGAGAUAUUCUACCAUCCUGACAAACUCUAUCGUGGCCAAGAUCGGCAUGACUAUGGUGCUACGUGGUGGCAUGCUUGCACUUCCCUAUCCCAUCCUGGCGAGGCAGUGGCCGUAUUGCAGAACUAACAUCAUCCCUCAGCCAUACUGCGCACACAUAGCCAUGGUGAAUCUGGCCUGCACAGACACCCGCGUUAGUAGUUACUAUGGGCUCUUUGUGCUAUUCUUUGUGACUGGUGUAGAUGUGUUUUUUAUCACUAUGUCAUACAUCCAGAUCCUAAGGGCCAUCUUCAGCCUCCCCACAAAGGACGCCCGGCUCAAGACUUUUGGGACCUGUGGCUCCCACCUCUUUGUCAUCUUAGCCUUUUACAUCCCAAGUCUCUUCAUCUCUCUCAUAUCCCGUUUUGGCCAGAAUGUGCCCCUACAUUUCCAUGUUCUUGUUUCCAACAUAUACUUCUUCAUGCCCCCCAUGCUAAAUCCCAUCAUCUAUGGGCUAAAGACCAAACAGAUCUGGGACAGGCUGCUCCUGCUCUUUACUCAUGAAGGGGUCUAA